AGCUCAGAGAUAGGAGACUCUAUACCUGAGGUCACACAGCAAUCAGUGGACGCGGAGUGGCUAGAGUCCAAGUGUGCUGAUGACCUUCCGGUUCAGAUGCAGGAGUGCAGCCAAGAAGAGACAGGAAUCUGGCUCUACUUGGAAUGUCUAACAAUGGCACAGAUGGUCCCAAUUUACUGCCGCCUUAUCUAUCUGGGGAGACAUCUCCAUGCCCUGUCCUCCCUCCACACACCUGUCGCCCUGAGCAUCCUGGGAGGCCUAUUCUGCAGCUGGCCUUUGCUUCCUUCCUGGGACCCCCUCUCAAGAGCCCUCCCAUCCACACCUGGCAGCUCAGGCCGCCCUUGCCCUGGGGGGCAGACAUCUCUGCCCUGUGCUCAACUGAACCGGGAAAACUCCUCUGGUUCCCAAAUCUCCAGCCUAAACCAAGGGUGCAGACCUACCCAGCCUGGAGAGAGACCUGCCUUGCAGGGUUUGCCCAAAGCAAUGGGACUCCUACAGAGAGCAAGAGAGAGACUCUGCUUUACUGAUUUUGAACUGAUUGUGCCUGAAGGGGAGGAAUGUGUCUUUAUAAUGGAGGGUGAGAUGGAAACUUGGGGUUUCGGUAGCAGCAGGCCGGGUCUUCCCUGUAGCCCAGGGCCUCCCUCCCAGCAGUGCAGAGCCUGCACUUACCCCUCCUGCACAGCUGGAGUGGGGGCUCAGUCCCUCAUUCAUCAAGCAUUUUCCGAGAGCCUACCACAUGCCAGACAUGGCUCUAAAAAUCAGGGAUAUGGCAGGGGAAGAAAAAGAAACAAAAUUCUUAACCAGCGUGGGGUGCGGGAGGAGUUGGAUCAGAGGGAAAGAAAGAAGUUAUAUAAUGUAUUGGAAGUGCUAAGCAUUCUGAGGAAAAAUAAAGCAGAUGGAGAGGAUAGGGAGACCUGGGUGGGGGUUAGCGCGAAAGUUUAA